CUCUGGUUUCCUCCCCCAGUCAAAAAACAAUUGUAGGCUGAUUGGUAUUUCCAAAUUGUCUGUAAUGUGUGUGUGUGUGUGUAUGUGUGUGUGUGUGUGGUUGUGCCCUGCGAUGGGUUGGCACCCCAUCCAGCGUGUCCCCUGCCUUGUGCCCCGAGUUCCCUGGGAUAGGCUCCAGAUAGACCCUGUGGAGGAUAAACAGUAUGGAAAAUGGAUGGAUGGACAGAUGGAUGUUUGAGACUUCUUUUGGAGAGAAGAGGCUGAAAAGGGUGAUGUCAUGAUAAAAAUAAGCGACGCUGUAAAGCUCUGGGUUGAACCUGUAGCCAGCGCAAUACAUCUGGAUGAUUCUCUGGAUUGUAAAUGACUCGCAUUCGAUUCACUUGGUUCAAGUGAAUCGAAUCAGUAGAGUUGUAAUGAACAUUCGCGGAGCACAUUUCUCGUCAACAUCCGGAUGACUUAAAGCCGGACACGUGUGGGCUUUUUUUUUUUUUGACCCUUGGACCAUUCUUGAUGCUGCGUCUUUUAGCCAGUCUCCCGCGGCUGCUCCAAGUGCGCGCUCGGUUCUAACGGGUCAGCUCGGAAUGAAUGCGUCUGAGGGAUUAGGAGUCUUCAACCGGACGCAAGACCAGCUGGACAGCGCGAGCGCUUGCUGCAACUUCACCUCCACCGCCGCGUCUGUCACCGGCAGCGGCGACGCGUUCCUGCACGAGCGCGAGCAGUUCGUGGCGCGGCUCGUGCAGAUCGCCGUGCUCUGCGUGCUCUCGCUCACCGUCGUCUUCGGCGUCUUCUUUCUCGGCUGCAACCUCCUCAUCAAGUCCGAGAGCAUGAUGAACUUACUGGCGGAGGAGCGCAGACCGUCCAAAGACGCGGAGCUCAUCACCGCCGCGUGACGCACGCUGACUGGGUGACUGGGUGACCCGGCGCGCGCGCUCACACCCGAUAUGACUUUUAAAAUAUUGUGAUACUGCUGAUUUGAAUUUUUUUUUUUUUUUUCGUGCAUAUAGGCAUACUGAGUUCCUGAUUUUGGUACUGCAAAAUAAAGCAUGCUGAAAUAAAUUGGAUGUUGUUUUUUUUU